AUGGACCAGAAUAUAAACAACUUGGCUUUAAGUGCAAAGGAACACUCACAUAGCCCUGAGAAUGGGUUGGAUACAUGUUAUGAUGAAAAUUCGCAUGAUAUUGAAAUAGAACCACUGUCUAAAUCCUUCUCACUACAACCUAACACACCUAACCAAUCGCUCGUUGAGGAUGCUCCUAAGUCAAUACUGAACUCUCCCAGAAGGCAUAAUCCUCCUCGUAGUAAUAGAGGUAUUCCUAAACAUGUGUAUGAACCUAAUCUUACUAGCAAGACUAAUGUACAGGAAGCUUUAACCAACCCAAGGUGGAAAGCAACGAUGAAUGAAGAAAUGAAGUCCUUACAGAAGAACAAAACUUGGGAACUUGUUGAUCUUCCAUCAGGGAAGAAGCCAGUUGGGUGUCUGGGUCUAUACCUUGAAGUACAAAUCAGAUGGUACCAUCAAACGAUUCAAGGCUCGACUGGUGGCGAAGGGUUUGAUGUGAAAAAUGGUUUCCUGCAUAGUGACUUGAUAGAAGAAAUCUAUAUGGAUUUCCCACCUGGACGCCUUCUACAGGAUUGGGAAAACAUCAAAGAAAGGAUAGAAGUAUCUCGAUUUGCUAAAGGAAUUUUCUUGUCUCAGAGAAAGUAUAUCCUAGACUUGUUGCGGGAAACUGGGAUGUCAGCAUGUCGACCAACAGAUACUCCAGUAGAGAAAGGGUUGAAGUUAUGUAUUGAUGAUAAAGGAAGAUACCAGUGA